ACAAAGAGCAGUGGAUUCUUCAAACAGCAAGCAAGCAAGAAGCAAGCAGAGCAGACACUUGCAAAAUUUAUCCUAUUUUGUCAGUUCAAGCUGUAGUAGAUUACAAAAAUUUAUAAAUAUUAAAAUAACACGUAAAUAAUUGCUGCUGAAUAAAAUGGCAGCCGUAGUUGAAGAAGUGGGAAAAUCAGUUGAAAAACUGAAAGACGAAUUCAACGGUAAUGACGAUUUGAUAGACGACGAAGGAAUUGAGAAUGGUGCUUCCGAAGCUUCAAAGAAAAAGAAGCGCAAGAAGAAGAAAAAGAAGGCUGGAGCUGGAGAAGCAUCAGCUGACGUGCCGUGUGAAGGCGAGGAAGGGGAGGAGAACGGGGUGACAGUGGCCAUAGCUGAUCUGAAGAUCGAGAUCAGCUGUGAGAAGGAGGCUUCGGCUGAUGCGUCAGCGGGUGAUGGCGGCGACCAGGCCAAGAAAAAGUCGAAGAGGCGUCGCGGCGGCGGUGCUAAGGGUGGUGGCAAAAGCGGAGGUGCGGCCGGUCAGACUGAUCCGCCCACUAUUGCUGUGUCUGAGUUGUUUACUGGCGGUGGUUACCCAGAGGGCGAGAUAAUGGAGUAUCCAGUUGUGAACGACUCUCGCAGCGCUAAAGACCGAUUCACAAGCGAGGAGAAACGGGCGCUCGAUCGUAUGUAUACCGAUAUAUACAACGAGGCUAGGCAGGCGGCUGAGGCUCACAGACAGACCCGGCAGUAUAUCCAGAAGUGGGUGCGCAGUGGCAUGACCAUGAUCGAGAUCUGUGAAGAACUGGAGAAGACGUCACGAGCUCUGAUUGGCGAGAAUGGUCUCAAAGCUGGACUCGCGUUUCCCACUGGUUGUUCCCGUAACCACUGUGCUGCACACUACACUCCCAACGCGGGAGAUCCAACAGUGUUGGAGCAUGAUGACGUCACCAAAAUCGAUUUCGGCACUCAUAUCAAUGGUCGUAUUAUAGAUUGUGCAUUUACACUGACUUUCAAUCCGAAAUACGAUAAACUAUUGGAGGCUGUGAGGGAAGCUACCAAUACUGGAAUUAAGGCGGCAGGAAUAGAUGUAGCCCUGUGUGACGUGGGAGCUGCCAUCCAAGAAGUUAUGGAAUCCUAUGAAGUGGAAUUAGAUGGCAAAACUUAUCAGGUCAAGUCGAUUCGUAACCUCAAUGGUCACUCCAUUUCUCCAUACAGAAUUCACGCGGGCAAGACAGUGCCUAUUGUGAAGGGUGGCGAGGCGACUGUAAUGGAGGAAAACGAGUUCUAUGCCAUUGAGACAUUCGGCUCCACAGGGAGGGGUCUCGUCAACAACGACAUGGAUGUAUCUCACUACAUGAAGAAGUAUGACGCCGAGUAUGUCCCACUCAGAUUGGCGUCAUCUAGAAGCCUGUUGAGUACAAUUAACAACAAUUUCGGCACACUGGCGUUCUGCAAGCGCUGGCUGGACAGAGCUGGCUGCACCAAGUAUCAGAUGGCGCUCAAGGAUCUCUGUGACAAAGGCAUAGUGGAAUCCUAUCCACCUCUGUGCGACAUCAAAGGUUGUUACACGGCUCAGUUCGAGCACACCAUUGUGCUACGUCCUACCUGUAAGGAGGUUAUAAGUCGUGGGGACGACUAUUGAGUCAAUAGUCAGCUAUUGACAACAAUAGGGUCGCAAUGGGAUCGGAAAAAUAGUUGUAACUCAUCGAGGUAUAAUGUAUAUGACUGAUAUAUCUGAAGCUUGGUGCAAGAUCUACCAAUCACAACUGACAAUGAUAGUUCUUGAUAGUACAAGAACUACCUGAUUAUUAUAGUUUUUGAUAGUACAAGAACCAUUAUUUAUGUCGGUUGUCAUUGGUCGAUUUUGCACCAAGUCACAGUAUAUAUUCAGAUUUAGUGAGAUUAUCUUUCAACUGCCAGCGUUCGUUAAACGGCAAACGUUGAUUUUAUUUGUGAGGAAUAUUGGUGGUUCAAAGAGAAUCUCACUAUAAGGCUCAACUCACACUUACGCGGCUCAGGUCGAGAAGAGACUCGACUCUAGUCGAUAGCAUGUGUUUUCAAAUGAUGACGUCGCGGAGACUGGAAUCGACUGGUCUGAGUGUCACCAUUUGGAAACACAUGCUCUCGACUAGAGUCGAGUCUCUUCUCGACCUGAGUCGCAUAAGUGUGAGUUGAUCCUAAGUAUAUAAUAUAACUCAAGGGUGAGACUAUCAAGGAAACAUUUAUGUAUCACAAGCUAACUUGAGAGUUGAGAAUCAUGUGCAUUUCUCUUGGAUGGACGUUCAAAGUUUUAGUGAAUCUGUUAUCAAUUGAGAACUGUUCAAGUGGUAUAUUUUUCAGGGUUCUGUUUCAGUUUUUAAGUUUUAUUCAAGUGAUUGUUUUGAUAUAUUGAUCAAUGAGGAUAAUUACUAUUGG